GCCUAAGUGGUAUCGUGUAAUCCUAACGUCAAACAAUGCGCGUAUAUAAGCAGCGUCUUGUUUUCCAAAACAUUAUUAACGAAGUGUAACUGUCAGUAAUACGAACUCGAAUAAUAAAACGAAUAUUACCAAAAUGUCUUCGAAAAUCGUUCUCGUUGUUUGUGUUGUGAUCGCUGUAGUGGCAGCUGUUCCUGCCCAAACUGGAGGUGGUGCCGGGCCUUGGGCUGUUGCCGGUGGAUGGGGCGGAGCUGGUGGACCAGCUGGCGGUUGGGGAGCAGGAUGGGGUAACGGAGGCGCCAACCCUUGGAUCCCACCAUGGGUAGCCAGCGCCCCCUGGUACCCACAAUGGGUUCCUUGCACCACUGUAGGCAGUUCCUGCCAGGAUUGUACUACUAGGUUGGUGUGCACUAAGGUCGGAGGCCUACAGCGUGCCUGCACUGACCCUACCCUGCCCUACUGCAACCUGGGAGAGUGCUCAGCUACCCCCUCGGCUGAAUGUGCUCCAGCUGACGCUGCCAGUGCUGAUGCCGCUGCUCCUUCUACCGCUGCCUAAUCGAAUUCAAUGUGUUCAAAUUUUCCGUUAGUCGGUUAGCGUUCCAAUUUUAAAUACUCUAUUUGACAAUAAUGACUGUUGACUAUCUGUUAUUUUUUUAUAUUAAAUUAUUUUCUUUUCUGAAUUGUUUAAAAUUAUUAGUACCAAAUUUUCUUUUGUUUAUUAUCGUUUUUGGCGAAACUUUAAGGACGCGUUCUCAAAUCUGACGUAAAUAAGCUAUUUUUCAGUACAUAUUACGACCAAAAGAAACUUAACUGAACAUAACUAACAAUUACAAUAGAUAGAUCACUUCUUUAUCUCCAAAAUAUUGAUUUGUAAUGUGAAAAAAAGUUGUAUUUUAUUAUUGCAAA